UUCAAUCCACCGCCCCAAGCCCUCUCACCAAAAAGUUCACCUUUCCUCUCCGAUCGAAAAACCUCAAGAUCGUCUCCUCCCUUCCUAUUUCCCGCCCAAAAUCCCACUUCGUAAUUCACUCAAACACCUCUCCUACAAUGUCCAGCGACAAAAUAAACCUCCUGCUCCCCGCCGACGACGAGAUCGAAGGCGACCGCGACGCCACCGCCGACUUCGCCUUCGUUCGCAUCGGUGCCUCCGUCCCUCUGAAACCCUCGGAAUCCGUGUCCGGCCUCCAAAACCCUCCAUCGCAGCCGAUCGCCGUCUCUCACCGCCACCGUCUCCUCUUCUUAGCGCACUCCCAAGGGUUUUUUGUUGCGAGGACGGAUGAUGUUGUUGGAGCAGCGAAGGAGAUUAAAGAGAAGGGGAAAGGACCGAGCGUUGAGGAUGUGGCCCUUUUGGAUGUGAAGGCUGGUGGUAUUUCGAUUCUGGCGGUUUCAGGUGAUGAGUCCACGCUCGCUGCUGCCGUUGGUGGAAAGAUUUUAUUCUUUUCUGUGCCUUCUCUUCUUAACAAGGAGCAACAACCAUUGUUCUCAUGUUCCCUUGAUGAGCUGGACACUAUCAAAGACUUCAAGUGGCAGAAGAACAUGGAGAAAUCUUUUGUGGUUCUUUCAACUCAUGGCACGUUAUACCAUGGGGACUUUAAGGCCGAGCUCAAGAAUGUUAUGGAAAACGUUGAUGCUGUUGACUGGAGUGCAAAAGGUGGUUUUGUUGCUGUUGCUAGAAGGCAUAUAAUGACGAUCUUGUCGUUUGAUUUCAAGGAAAUACUUAGCUUGUCACUCUUUUUCAAGACCUGGCCUCUUAACGAUUCAGAUUACACUAUAAAAGUGGAUUCUAUCAAGUGGCUGCGUGAUGAUAGUAUCAUUAUUGGUUGUUUUCAAGUAAAUGAAGAUGGUGAAGAAGAGGGCUAUCUUGUCCAAGUUGUUAAAAGCAAGGACCGUACCUUCUCUGAAGCUUCUUGUAACCCAAUUGUUUAUUCCUUCCCGGAUUUAUUUGAUGGUGUCUGGGAUAUAUUGCCCUUUGGGCGAGGUCCUUAUUUGCUUGCAAACUAUUUGGAUUACUGGGAUGUUGUUCUUGCUUCUAACCAAAAAGCCAUUGACCAGCAUAUUUUGUUAUUGAAGUGGUCGAAAGAAGAUAACAGAAGGGAAGUGGUGUCCCUUGAAUUUAGUAGUGAUAAACAUACUCCUAAAAUUGAAGUACCAGAAAAUGGUGACGACAAUUUGGUAUUGGGAUUUUGUAUUGAGCAAUUCUCCUCAAACGAGAAAAUUAACAUAAAAGUUGAUGAUAAAUUUAAAGAACUUUCUCCUCGUUGUAUUCUUUUGUGCCUUACAAGUGAAGGAAAGCUCAACUUGUUCUAUGCUGCAAGGGUUUCAGAACCGGUAGAUCGGCCUCAAACAUCCUUACCUCUUGAUAACAAUGACGUAGUCAGUUCAUCUGAAAAUUUAAUGACCAAGCCACAAUUGAAGGAUGAUAUAGAAAAUGCAACUUCUGAGAAUCAGUCAACGCAGAUAUGUGCAGAAGCCCUCAAUUCUCAUAAAGAUGCAUUUCAACUCCAAAGAGAAAUAAUCCCCCCUCAAAGGAAGCAAGUGGGCGAUAGUUCACCAGCAGGUCUUUUUACUGGAGAGGUCGCAAAUAGCAAAUCAUCAUUGGAAACACAUGGAUCUGGUUUCAUCCUGAGAAAUAAUAUGACACCUAGCAUAAAUGUGCUUAGCAAUACUUCUACCAAAGUGGUUGGAGGUACUACAUCCUCAGGUAAGAUAGCAAGUGAACCACCUGCUUCCAUGUAUUCAAAUAAAAAAGAUGUUGCGUCGCAACAUGGUGAAGUGAGUAAAAGACUUUUUGCUUUAACUGGCGUUUCUGAAGCUCCUUUUGGUUCGCAAUCCACGGAAAAUAUUUUUGGUGCAAACAUCAGCCCCUCAACUUUUACUUUGACUAGAUCAGUUGUCAGUGAUGCUGAACAAAGGACAAAACUCGGCAGUGUUUCAUCUGAAACUCAAUCUAGUGAUCAACUUUUUAGCUCAAAGGACUCUAAUAGAGCGCAUCAGUCAUUAGCUUUCUCUUCCGGCAAAGUAGCUCAGAAUAAGGAGUGUUCAGGUUACUUGCCUAGUGGAAAAGGUGUUGAAUUGGUACCUGCUGUUCAAGGGUCCCGUCUUUUGGCUCAGGAAGGUUCUAUACCAGGAAUGUCACAACAUUCUAGGUCACAACAUUUGCUUGAAAAUAUAAGAGCAUCCAAAUUCUCUCAGACGUUGGAUUCUGAAAGAGAUAUCUCAAAGCAGUUUUAUGAUGUGAAAGACAUGGUCAAGGAACUCGAUAUCCUCUUAUCAUUUAUUGAAGAAAAAGGCAGGUUCAGAGAUGCAUGUACAGUAUUUCAGAGAAGUUCACUUUUGGCAUUGGAGAAUAAUCUAGAAGAUAUUUCAGCAACAGCACACAAAUGCAAGAAGGAUAUAGAGGGACGGCUUACGGAGAUUCAACAGCUUCAAAAUAAGAUGUUGCAAGUUUCAGCUCGGCAAGGCUACAUGAAAGGCAUAGUUGAACAAGCUUCUAAUAGAAAAUAUUGGGACAUAUGGAACCAACAGAAGUUGAAUCCUGAACUUGAAGCGAAACGCCAGAAUAUUUUAAAUGCAAAUCAGAAUUUGACAAAUCAGAUCAUUGAACUGGAGAGACAUUUCCACACUCUUGAGAUAAAUAGAUUUGGUGGUAGUGGUAGAACUUCAUUAGGUCAUACAACUUUCCAGAGUGGUUCUCUGCCUGUAAGGCAAAAACAAUCUUUGCAGAGUGUCUAUAACACACUAAACUCACAAUUAGCAGCAGCCGAGCAUCUUUCUGAAUGCCUAUCUCAACAGAUGUCUGAGUUAAAUUUAAACUCAGUUCCUGUAAAGCGGCGGAGCAUAACAAAAGAGCUUUUUGAGUCGAUUGGUCUUUCUGAUGAAAACAUGUCAUUUGAAUCACCAGCUUGCAAAAGAUCCAGCCUUGCUCCGUAUUCUACGAGGAGAACACCUCCAUCCGUGACUGGUGCUAUUAGUGACCAUCUGAGUAAAAAGAUAUUAAGUGCAGCAAAGGCUUUUGAGCCAGAAACUGCGAGGAGGAGAAGGGACUCACUGGAUAAAAACUGGACUGGUUUCGAACCUCCAAAGACGACAGUUAAAAGGAGUAUGCAAGUGCAGUACUCCAGAUUUGGUGCAGAAAAACCUUUCAGGAAAGCUAAAGAAAAUUUUGAUUCUCAGAUGGAAGCAUUCGCUACCCAGCAAAAAAAUAAUGCAACCCGUUCAUCCUCUUCCUCAUGGUACCUUCUAAAUGAAGGCAUUCAGGACAGCCAUUCCAAAGUAGUGGUUGAACCUCAGUCUAAUUCUGGGUCCAAGUGGGCACAAGACAUAACAGAGAGAAAUAGCACUCUAUCUCAGUCAAUGUCCCCAUCAAUAACUACUGCAGACAGUUUCGAAAGAAGUAGAAAGGAUCUUUUUGGUUCACCUCCUAUCUCAAGCCUAGAAGCAAUGCCGGUGGGACACCUAUCAAACCCUUUCACAGCCAAAACUGUUGCAAGUUCAAGAAACACAUCUUUAACAUUUUCUGGUCCCAUUUCACCUAUGAAUACUGGACAAAUAGGAGAUGUAAGGAAUCAAGCAAGCACGAAUAUGAACCAGACAAGUGGAGGGAAUACGCCAGUCCUUCCAAAUCUAGUAAGCAUGAAACAUGUGGCAGAUUCUUCGGUUGGUAUUUCUUCCAUUACGAAUGAGAAUAUCUUUUCACCUUUCUCUACUUUACCUUGUCAUACAUCUGCACAGUUAAAUGGAAAAACUACUGAAUUCAAUAAGACGACCAUCGGGAACCAGUCGAAUGAAUCUAUUUUGAAUUCAGCAUCUUAUCCUAAAGCUUCGACUUCAUCUUCCUCACGUCCAUUUUCUUCCUUUCAAACUCCUGCAACUGCAUCAUCUACACCAUCCUCAACUCCUGCCUUUAUGCCCCCCUUAACCUUUAAGAAAACAUCGCACGCUACUAAACCUGCAGUUGUAGCCAAUCAAACAGCUUCUGCAUUAACCUCAACUUCCACUGAUAAUCAGUCUCUACUUUCUUCCAGUCUGAUAUCUUCUGAGUCACAGAAUUCAAUGGUUCAGGCAAAUGCUUUACCUGCCAAACCUUUUGGAGCAUCAUUCUCUGAUAGUAAGUUUGGAGGGCCAAACCAGGUAGCUUCAAUAUCAACAUCAACUCCAGGUCCUUCUAGUCAUUCACUUCCAUCUUCCAGUACAAUGUUUUCUCAGACACAGAAAUCAUCGUCAACAACUUUUGCAUCAUUGAGUACAGCAGCAACAUCUCCAGGUAUAUCUGAACCAACUACACCAGUGACAUCUGCAACUGUGAGUUCAAUUCACUUGGAUAACAUUACGUCAAACUCUCCACCAUCUAAGUCUCCAUCUGAGGAAGUUGAACCUGUGCCUAAAACUCAAAACAAUUUGCUUCUGACAAAUAGUAGCAGCACGCCCCUUCCUGCAUCUCUCUCUCAGCCUCAAAUACAACCAUCCACAACACCACUCACAACGACCACAGAAAAAGAUCAACAGGUGGAUGUUAGUUUGUCCCAAGAAGAUGAGAUGGAAGAGGAGGCUCCAAAUACAUCGACACUCAGCUUGGGAUCCCUUGGUGGAUUUGGACUUGGGUCAUCCCCUUCUUCAAAUGCACCAAAACCUAAUCCAUUUGGCGGUUCAUUUCUUUCAGCUAACUCGACCACCCCAAGCCCUCCGCCUACUUUAGCAGCUCCUGCAGGGGAGCCAUUCCGCCCUGCAUCUUUCAGCCUCCCUUCUGCUCAACCGCUACAGAUAUCACCACCAGCAAGUUCAGGUGGAUCAUCGAGUGGUUUUGGUGGAGGUUUCAGUGGUUUUGGACAGCCAUCACAGGUUGGAACAGGACAGCAAGCCCUUGGGUCAGUUCUUGGUAGUUUCGGGCAGUCACGACAGCUAGGUAGCGGUAUGCCUGGCAUUGGUUUUCCUUCAUCGGGUGGCUUGAGCGGUGGUGGAUUUACUACCCCUGCUGCUAAUACGGGAGGAUUUGCUAGUGCCGGUGGAUUUUCUGGUGCUGCAACAGGAGGAGGGGGUUUUAAAUCUGUUGCUUCUGCUGGUGGUGGGUUUGCAGCUGCUGCUAAAGGUGGAGGUUUUGCUUCUCUUGCUUCUGGUGGUGGCUUUGCAGGUGCAACUGGAGGUGGAGUUCUUGGUGCUGGUGCAGGUGGUUUUGCUUCCUUUGGGAACAACCAAGGAGGCGGUUUCUCUGCGUUUGGUGGGAAUAGUGGUGCUAGCGCUGGAAAACCCCCAGCUCAGCUUUUAACACAGAUGAGAAAAUAGCAGUGCAUUACUUAAAGGCAACUACCAACACUCAGGCGGCAGCAGCAAGGUUUGGUUUGAGUUUAGAGGGUUUGGUUUUGAUGGAUGGUUGAGAUUGUCUCUGAUACCAUAUUAAUUCGUAGAGCUAAAUCCUUGUUAUGUUGAUCCUGUAAUACAAACAAUAUAUAGACUGUACAUGGGCUAAAGCGGGUCAAUAGUGGGCCUAUACACAUAUAUACUAUCUUAACAAUCACCUGUCGGAGUUGUGUCAAAAUUGUUGAUUUCGUUACUGGAUACUAUUAUUGGUGCUUGUUCUCGAGGAGCCAGAAGCUCCCGCAGAACAGUGGGAUGAUAAUAUCACAAAAGCAUCCACUA